UCACGCAGGCGCAGCGUGCUCCGCGCCGCUGAGGUGAACUGUCAAGAUGGUUGUCGGUGCCUUCCCCAUCGCCAAGCUCCUCUACCUGGGAGUGAGGCAGCUCAGCAAGCCGCUGGCAAACCGAAUAAAAGCCGGGGCCCGGAGAAGCGAGUUCUUUAAAACCUACAUCUGCCUGCCCCCGGCACAGAUUUACCACUGGGUUGAGAUGAGAACCAAGAUGCGGAUCAUGGGUUUCCGGGGUUCCACCAUCAAGCCCCUGAACGAGGAGGCGGCUGCAGAGCUGGGUGCAGAGUUGCUGGGAGAGAGCAUCAUAUUCCUGGUCGGUGGCGGCUGUAUGGUGCUGGAGUACAGCAGGCAGGCCUCUAACUCCCGCCGCAAGGAGGAGGAGCUGAACGACACCAUGAUAAGCCUGCAGACUCAAAUAGCAGAGUUGACGCUAACAACAGAGACUUUGGGCGCUCAGCUGAGGGAGGUCAACAGGCUGGUGUUGUCCAUUCCUGCCCCUGAUCCUGCCCCCAACACCAAAAAAUGACCAAGUGAAUUCUGUGGUCUGCAGCCUGUGUAUGCAGAAGUAAAAGUGCAUCGAUACCGUCACAUGUGCAGCCCGAUAACUGCCCUGCUUCACUCUCUGCCCUCUGCCAUGGGCGUGUGUGAGGAGGGACAGCAGUGCACGGUGGAUUUGGAUGUUAUCACUUGCUCAUGUUUUGGGCAAAGAGUUGUGAAAGAGGAUUGCUAUGAUAUUCAUAUUGAAUUAAUAUGGUUGACCUUGCAUGUUCAUUAUUAAGUUGAGUGUACAGUAGCAAUGGUGACCUCAGAGUUAAUAUAUUUUGUAACAGCUCCAGCAUAUUAUUGUAUCUUUUUAAUCCUGAUGGAGUCGUGUCAUUUGGAAAUUCCUCAUUUCCUGCUUUAUUGGCUUCAGUUUUGAAAUUAUACAUUUCAUGGGCUUCAAAAUAAAAACGGAAUCAAACACAACAGCCAACCAUCAACUCAUAUCAGCAUUUCAUUUUUGAGUCCAUGAGUGAUCUGUACAUUUUCAUGCACCGUACAGUUUAUUUUGUGAUUGAUGGUUCAUGUAAGCUGUAAUGACAACUGACGGGAGGAUGCUGUGAAAUAAAGUACUAUGCUGUCUAUUAA